AUGGAAUGGGAAAAUCGAACUGUUAUGGAGGAAUUUUUUCUGAAGGGGCUUUCUGGUUACCCAAGGCUUGAGCAACUCUUUUUUGUGCUCAUCUUAAUGAUGUAUGCAGUCAUCCUCACAGGCAAUGGUACUCUUAUUAUCAUCAGCAUUUUUGAUUCUCACCUUCACACCCCUAUGUACUUCUUCCUGGGGAACUUGUCCUUUUUGGACAUCUGCUUCACUACCUCCUCCAUUCCCUUUGCCCUGGUAAGCUUUCUCUCAGAAAGAAAGACCAUUUCCUUCCUUGGCUGUGCAGUGCAGAUGUUUCUUGGUUUAGCCAUGGGGACAACAGAGUGUGUGCUCCUGGGUAUGAUGGCUUUUGAUCGCUAUGUGGCUAUUUGCAAGCCUUUGAGGUACCCUAUCAUCAUGAGCAAGAGUUCCUAUGUGACCAUGGCAACUGGGUCCUGGUUUUCAGGGGUUGCAAACUCUGCAGUACAAACUGCAUUUGUGAUGCGACUACCUUUCUGUGGAAAUGUCAUCAAUCAUUUUCUCUGUGAAAUCCUGGCUGUCAUGAAGAUGGCUUGUACUGACAUCUCAGGCAACGAAUUCAUCAUGGUCGUGGCCACAACUUUGUUCACUUUGAUGCCACUGCUCCUCAUUGUCAUCUCGUACUCGCUAAUCAUUUCUAGCAUUCUCAAAAUUCGCUCUGCCGAGGGGAGAAGCAAAGCCUUUUCUACCUGCUCAGCCCACUUUACUGUGGUGAUAAUAUUCUAUGGGACCAUCCUCUUUAUGUACAUGAAACCCAAGUCUAAAGACACACUCAAUGUAGAUGACUUGGAUGCUACAGACAAACUUAUAUCCAUGUUCUAUGGGGUGAUGACUCCCUUGAUGAAUCCUUUAAUCUAUAGCCUCAGAAACAAAGAUGUGAAGGAGGCCAUAAAAAAUCUGAAGAGAAGGUUCUUAGGCAAAUGAAUGGUCAACAUGUUGGGCACUGUUGAAACUCAAAACUUAAUUGGAAUUUUAGUUCCUUUACUGUCUUCCUUGACCUUUUAUGCAUUAUGCUAACAUUUUUGUAACAAGAUACAGCAUUUCAAAAUUAUUGCAUGCUCAUAAAGAAUUUUCAAGGGUCGGAAAGAAUAAGGGAGAAAACAAAGUAACAUAGCAU